AUGUAUACUCACCGUGACCUUCAACAGUCACCUCAACCCUCCCAAGUAAAAUGUCGACACUUUCUCCGUUUUUUUGAUAACCAAAGAUGGCGUAAGACAUGUACAAUUAACGGUUGGACGAGCGGUCUUAAGGAUCUCGAUAAGCUAAUUCAAAAAACUCAACGUAAAGCCACUAAGUGGACUGAUAAUUACUUAGAGUGGAUUGAUUUUGAUCAAUUUGAAGAUAUUAAAGAGAUCGGUGAAGGCGCAUAUAGUGUGGUUUAUGAGGCUAUUUGGUUGAAUGGUCGAAGAUGCAAAAGAAAAAAGGGUGACAAGGGAAGACGAUGUACAAGAACUGAACCUAUUAAAGUUGUAUUAAAGAAUAUUAAGGAUUCUAAAAACAUGUCAAGUUAUUAUCUUAAGAAUUUAAAAGAAUACUAUCGAUACAGUGCAUUAAUAUGUCCGCAACGAAUUCAAAAUUAUUUAGAAUUUUAUGGCAUAACGCAAAACCCAACUUCUGGAGAAUAUAUGCUAGUAAUCCAACAUGCAACUUUUGGGAGCUUACGUCAAUUCAUGCAUUCUACUCCCUCCACCUUCGCUUCCUUCAAAUGGAUCGAAAAACUUUGGUGGUUAUGUGAUAUCGUUUCUAAUCUCACUGUAAUUCACAAAUCGCGCUAUAUUCAUGGAAAUUUACAUACUGGUAAUAUACUCCAGCUCGGUGUGGACGAACGAGAGACUUAUUCUACAAUCGCAGAUUUAGGAUUGUGCAUACCAGCUAAUAGUAUUUCAUCAGUAGCCACAUGUGAGAAAUCGUUAAAAGGUAAUAAUUUAGUGUAUGGUGUGUUACCAUUCAUUGCUCCAGAAGCUUUUCUAGGAAAUCCUAUUAGGAAAAGACCACAGAUUCCAAGCGCACUUGCACCGAAACGUUUUAGGGAUUUGGUUCAACGAUGCUGUGACCCGGAUCCAUUGAAGAGACCUACUGCUAAACAUUUGAAAUAUAUUUUCAAUCAUUGGUAUCAAUGUGCAAAUGGGAAUUUGAGACAUGACUCUAAGUGUAUGAAGAUCAUGAACGAAUUUUUAAGAGCUGAUGAUCAAGCUAGUAUAUUAUUUCAAGAAAAUAGGAUGUUUGAGCAAGAGAAAGAAAUGAAGGAAAAAACGUGGUUCACAAGUAGAUUGUUAAAUUUCAAGUUGAAUAAGGACUCUAUUAUUGAAAUGACUGCUUCAACAGAAAUUAUGUAG